AUGUUCUAUAUUAUAGUUUAUAGUCAGGUAGAUCGACUAGUGGAUCGAUACUCCAUUGUAAUUAAAAGUUUUCGUAGAUCGGAUAUUGAUCACAAUUUACAACUUUUUCCAGUCACAAGAACAUGGUGCCUCAAAUGCUAUCGGUGCGGAACCUACACUCGCAGCCAAACAGGUUCAUUAAUUCCGUGCAACCAUUAUAAUGAGUCCAAUUUAAAAGAAUGUGAUAGCCCAGAUGAAGUUUGUUUGAAAUACGUCAACAAAGGAAUAGUCGUUAGACAAUGCCUUUAUAAUUGUAAAUCUGAAGUGGAAGCCCAGUCUGAAUCCUUUUGUUGUCGAGAAGACGGCUGUAAUGAGGGUACGAUGAUAAAAUCUGCGGUGGUUGUCGUAGUAACUACUCUUGUGACCGCUGCUCUAAAUUUCCUGAGGCAUUAAGCCUUCGAAUCUAGUGGAAUGGAACACAAGAUAAUUGGGGACCUGGGAGGGAUUUGGAUACUGAAAACAGUACCACAAGAACAUAUAGAGAAAGACAAAACAGCGGACACAAAAUCAUGUAUCAAAAUAUGCCUAAACUCAAGCCAUCGUAUGAAAAUAGAGUCAGUUUUUAUUAAGCAUGCCCGUUUUCUAUAUAUAUUUCACCAAUUUCAAAAUAUAGAUGAAAAUUAACAAUGGAUAAUUGUAUAAGGACUAAAUGCUAAACGCCUCUAGUGUGUUAGUUAUCCAUUUAAAUAAGAUAAUCGUUAGUUUAUAUUCUUUCGAGGAAAAAAUAUCAGGAGAAGUUAUCGAAAUAAUUCUUUCAAAAUUAAAAAAAAAGUAAAUAAAUUACAAAAGAAUUCAUCGGAGUUUGAUCAUUUGCUCUCUCUGUAUCUAUCUUUUAUCCUUUAUUAUUGCUUUAUUUGGAAAUGGAACGAGGUGAUACUGUAGAUAUCAAGCACACACUUAAUAGAACAAUAGUUAUAUGCUGUAAUUCACUUAGCUUUGCAAAACUUCAUCACUUGUUCGACUAUAUACAUCUUAAUUGUUCGUAGAGUCACUUUUUCCAAAUGUUGUGCUAAUUACGGAUAUUCGAAAUAGCAGAACGAAAUAGACAUGUUGAUGUACAUAUAAUUUAUACAUUUAACUGGAAUUAAAUUAGAUGAAUGUAAAGUCUAUUAUUCUAUUCGUUGUUGUUACCUUACUAUUGUCGAUGUAUAACAUAGAACGAGACCAAAAAUACAUAUUUCAACGACCAGUUUAUUUAUAUUUAUACAGCAAUUAGAGCAGACUGAGAAUUUUUAAUUAAAAUCUACAUUUAUUGCAUGACGACGUUUCGUGAAUUUUAUACUCGCACACGUUUUAAUAAUACACGAAAUUAUUAUUUAAAUAUUGUAAAUUUCGGUAAUUAUUAUUUAAGAAAAUAAUUUUUUAAAUCAUUUAAUAACGGUUAAUUCUAUUCUCUAGUGAUAAUUUCUUUUUUGAAAGGGGAAAAAAAUCCAGUUAUCACGGAAAGCCAUUUCAAGAAGAUUGUUCAUCCAGAUCGCAAUUAAAUAUUCAUCGCAAACUUAAAGUCAUUUAUUAAGCGUUUCCAACUUUUACUCGAACAUUUUUCUUGAAAAAUUAAGCUUCUUGAAAUUUUAUGUCCAAUCGAUAUUAGCCUGACACAACACGAUGGCAGAAACCACCAGAUCUGAUAUACUAACCACAUAAGGCCCUUCAUCUGAACCAUUUAAUUUGGCUGAUAUUAUAGGAAGAACCCAUUAAGUAUUGUUGAAUAGGAUCGAUACUUUGAAAAUGAACUGCUUUGACUCUUUCCUAAUCCCUUCUCUUUUCGUUUUGAUCUGCCUAAUAACAAUUUAUUUUUCAAUCCAAGAUGCAUCUACACUUUUCUCUUAUUCACGUACGAAAUUAUUUUUAAAUGGAAAUAUUGUUUAAUUAAUUAAAUUCAAUUAUUAUUAUUUCAAAUAAAAGAAGCCUGCUACUAAAUAUUUUUAAUGUUUUUUUUUUCUAUGUAAAUCUGCGAAAUUUUUUACUUUAUAAACAAUAAUUCUAACGUCUUAAGUUGGAAUCUUUGCAUUA